AUGGUUCUUGUAGCAAAUAUCCUUCAUAGUGUUGGGGUUAUGUGGGACGGGCCAGCAGACGAUGACCCAGAAGUCGUCAGUUAUCAUCGACCAUUAGACAAAGCAACUAUCAAGCUCAGUCAACAGAACAAGGAGCUUGGAAAGCAAAAUGAGGCUCUUGCAAAAGAAAAUCCUGAUCUGAAAGGACUCCUCAAAGCUCAUGGAAUUUCAUGGCUUGCGGGGCCUGGCUCCGGCACAAUCUUUCCAUCCUCAAUUCUACCUGCUCGUUCGAGUGGAAACUUGCCAAAUGAACUACAACUUCGCAUGCUCAAAUAUGCCUUUCAAUUAGCCUACCCAAUAAUCGACCCAGGAGUUAAAAUCCUUGAGUCUAAUGUCACCGAGUCAGAGCAUAACGAGUAA